GUCAAAGUUAAUGUAUUCUAAAGACGUACGCUAAUGUUCGUGACGAUAUUUGUGUCGGAAGAAGUUCUUGAAUGUCAUCCUUACCGGGAAAUGCUUUGCAAGAUCGCGAAGCAAUUCGUGUAAAAGCAGUGUUAUAUGAUGGAAAAUUUGAUGGUGAAGGAGUCAAGAGGUGCUUCUCCGUAGACCCACAUAUCACGUCUUUUAAUAAUCUUUGUCAGUUAUUGAAGCGAGCCUUUCAAUUACAAGGAGACUUUGAAAUAUCAUAUCAGCUCCCACAGUCAACAGAAAAUGGAAAGAGACCAGACGUGUUUAUCUCUCUUACAUCUGACUUUGAUCUUGAUGCUGCCUUCAUGAGUUCAUCUUUGCCAUAUUUGAGUCUCAAGGUUGAACCUGUAGUUUGUUCAGAAGAUAGUCACAAUGACUGGACUUUCCUUGAGGCAACAGAAGCACCACUGACUAACAAUGUACAAUCUACUGGAGUUUCCUCUGCAGUUCCCUUCCACAUAUCCUUAAAACAUCAAAUGGAGCGAACGUUCAGCAAGAUUACCAAAGCUUUCACUGAUUCAGUCAGACGAGGACCUCUAAAGGAAUUAGAGUGGCAAUGUCAUUUGGACUCUGAAGGGCGUGUUCUUGCCAUUGAGGAGUUAUGGGUUCGAGUUUUCCAUGGGGGUGGACUUGACCCUGUCUUACGCAAAGAAGUUUGGCCACAUCUGCUCAAUGUGUUCCCCCCUGAUUUGACUAAAGAAGAGAGGGAGAGACAUUUGAAAAUGAAAUCACAGGUUUACUGUCAUCUGAAGUCAAAAUGGAAGAGAAAAUGUCCCUUAGAGAUAGAAUCCAUCACCCAUUUGAUUAUGAAGGAUGUUUUACGAACAGACAGAACUCAUCCCUAUUUUGCAGUCCCUGAUGAUCAUGAACACAUGGAUUAUUUAUUUAACAUCUUGACAACAUAUGCAUUAGAAAAUCCUGAUGUAUCUUAUGCACAAGGGAUGAGUGAUCUGGCAGCACCUAUUCUUGUCAUUUUAGAUGAUGAAGCAGUAGCGUAUACUUGCUUUUGUUGUCUGAUGGAAAGAAUAAAAGGACACUUCCUUUUAAAUGGUAAAGCAAUGACACUGAAAUUUGACCAUCUGUCACAAUUGGUUAAUCGCAUGGAACCAGAGUUCUUUAAGUAUCUGAUGGAUAUUGGAGCAGAUGACAUGUUCUUCUGCUAUCGUUGGCUUCUCCUUGAUUUGAAGAGAGAAUUUCCAUUUGAUGAUGCUGUUCAGUUAAUGGAGGUGAUUUGGAGUUCACUGACCCUGCCAGCAGAAUCAGCAGCCCGUGCUUCAAAUAUGGUUUCUGGCUUACCCAGAGGUAACUCUGCUGCUGCUGCCAUUUUAAAACAGAAUGGUUACCAUACAGUUAAUAACAGUAAUAAUGAUAGUGAAGAUGAAUGGGAUAGUGAUUUGGAAGAUGAUGGAUUCUAUCCAUUUACCUCAAAAUCUGUUGAUCAAGAAAUGAAACUGAUUGAGUUGCCAGGCCCAUAUCAUCUUGGUGGUGGGAAUCCAUUUGUUCUUUUUUUGUGUUUGGCCAUACUGUCUCUUCACAAAGAUCACUGUAUGAACAAAGAGAUGGAUUAUAAUGCACUUGCCAUGUACUUUGACAAAUUGGUACGCAAGCAUGACCUUCAUAAAACUUUAAUGAAAGCAAGGGCAUUAUAUACUGACUAUCUAAGUUCAUGUGGAGUUGAAAAAGAUGAUGAGACACCCAUACCUGAAGAAACUACUUCAUCUUGGUGCAGCCAAGAACAUCACACAGAUGUUUUCCUUCAGACAAACCAUUUUGUUGAAUGUUGAUUAAUUAUAGGGUUUUUAGUAAAUGCUUUUCAGUUUCUUCCUAACUGUAUGAUAAUCAACAACCGUUCAUGGAAGUGGAGGUGGCUAGUGUUGGAUAUUUACCAUGCAAGGUAUAAAUCCAAGGCUAGCCACUGACACUGACAUGAACAGUUGUUUUUGUAUGUGCUAAAACAGUGAUAUAAUAUAGCACAAAAAGUUGAUUUGAAGUAAUUUAUUCCUGCAAUGAUUACUAUAUUUUCAAGCACAAAUACUUCUUGUGUUGCUCUGAGGUUAAUAAGAAAGGAUAUCCAGAGUUUUAAUAUAUACUAGGUUAGGUAGUCCUAGGGUAAAUCCGAGCCAUCUGAUUGGUUCUCACCCAGUCAGUAUUUUGCCAUACAGACUGCUUCAAUGAAAAUGGUUGUAAGCCAUAUAUUUUUGUUGGCGAAAGCCAGCAAAUUCAAAACAAACAAGUGUGGUCUGAGUGCCAUAUGAUAAACUAAUUACUACCAUAUUGGGGAAUAUUGGCCCUCAUUCAUUUUUGUAUGGACCUCUCUGCACUCGGUCCAUACUGUUAUGACUUCAGGCCAAUAUUCCCCAGUACAGCUCUUGCACUCAGUUAAUAAGAAGUUAGUAUAUAAUAUUUAGUUAGUAUCCAUAACAGAGUGCAACAUGUCCACUUGUGAGUAUUGAUCAAUCCUCUCCUAUUCAUGAUAUUUUUCACUUGUACGCUACAUUCACUCUUGAGAGCUGUUGUAACAUCUCAUUGAUAAAAUUUGCAUCCAGGUGUGGCCAUGUGAUUUCCUUUAUAGGUAAGGUCUAGGUGAAUCUAAAAUGAUUGUGAUACUCUCUAGAUCACAACAAGGUAGAAGAGGAAUCUCUUUCAAUAAUUUACAUAUUAAACUUAUUUAUUGAAUUCCUGAGAUCCUGUAAAAGUGGCCUAAAACCUUUGAUGCUAAACUAAAUUAACAGCAAAAACAUAGCUAACACAAAGAAAUCAGCUCUUCAUGAAAGCUUUACGUCAAAUCAUUCUAGAUGGUUUUGUUGGAAAUGGAGAACCAACUAUUUAAAAAAUUGAACAAAACAAGUUUCAAUAACGAGUAGUUAGUCAUGAAAGAUAAUCUUAAGGAAUCUUUCUGAUGAUGUAUUUUUCAAAAUUAACAAAAUGAGAAUGAUAAAUAUAUGGCAUAGAAUCCUUUUAUAAUAGUGGGCACAAGUAUUAUUCUUUAAUAUGCAUGAAUUUAAUAGUGCAACAAUCAGAUGUGCCAGUUAUGAAAGAGGUCUGUGCAAAAGUAUUUUUUGUCGUAAUGCCAAAAGAGGUGGCCAUUUAGGUGGAAAUACUAUUUAAUAAGGUAAACUAUAUUUAGUGUAAUUCUGAAAAAAUAAAGUGUGAUGUUGUCAGUUUAUGCAAACUUAA